AUGGGGAGCUCACCCUGCAGUCUGUUUUUGGGGACUGCUGGUCUGAGGCGGCUGUCCUGUGCACUCUCCCAGGCAGAAAAGGACUCCAAGGAGGAGAUCCUGAAGGCUUUCCGGCUGUUCGACGAUGACGAGACGGGAAAGAUCUCCUUCCGCAACCUGAAGAGAGUAGCGAAGGAGCUGGGAGAGAACCUGACUGACGAGGAGCUGCAGGAGAUGAUUGACGAGGCGGACCGAGACGGAGAUGGGGAGGUGAACGAGCAGGAGUUCCUGCGCAUCAUGAAGAAGACCAGCUUGUACUGAGAGUAUGGUGGCCUGGAGAGCAUCACUGAUAACCCCUUGACAGGGUUAUUUCUCAUUCUCCAGUAGGAUGUAUUGUUCUCCUGAGAUAAGAUGGCAUAGCGUAUGUGAGCCUGUUUAACAGCACAUCUUGAAAUUGUUUUGUUCUCAUCACAUUUUGGACCAGUUUGGUUAGCUGAUUAAAUCCCUCAGAAUUUCAUUAUGAAACAAGGUUAAUUGUUGAUAAGGUGAUGCUUUAAUUGAUGUGCUGAUCACCUUACUUAGAACUGGAUCACUGCAGAUAGGCAAGUUCCUGUAUAUCAGUCUCUGGUCUUAAGGGUUAAAGACUCAUGUUUUUUUGGACAAACCAAAAUCAAUUAUUGAUCAUUUGUGCUUAAAUCAGAUUCUGUAUUAUUUGUAGGGACCACAAAUCUAAUCAGGUUUCUUCCAGCUAAAUUAUAAGAAUACGGAUUGGCAAAAAAGCAGAAACCUUUGCCUUUGGAUCAUUCAACACUUCUCUGCAGUUCCCAACUCCCCCAGCUGAGAGUGGUAUCUGAUUUGUGAUGUGCCAUUGUGUUCUGUUUCUCUUGUUUGUGUACCUUGGUCCUUACUGUAUAUAGUGUUUCCUACAACUGUGUGUUCUGUCGUGUAUUUAAAUAUAAAACAAAUAAACAAAUGUUUUAAUUUCAA